CUUAAGAGAAAGUGAUCAAAAACUUUGUAUGCAAUGAAGACCACUGGAGGCAUUGUGUUGGCUUUUGUAGCUGUUAUCAGCUUUUCUUGUUUUACAACUGCAACUGGAAAUCAGAUUGAUUGCACUAAAUAUAAGAAAGGAGAACCUGUGACUGAUUUUGCAUGUGACAAAUCACUGAUGGAACUUUGUGGAACAGAUGGGAAAACCUAUGACAACAAAUGCCUCCUAUGUAACGAGAAACUGAUAAGAAACCCAUCUCUUGGAGUCAAACAUAAGGGAUCGUGUGACAUAGAAGGAACUCGGCUUGACUGUAAAAAAUAUAUUAAUCAAGAUGUGUGCACCCGUGAAUAUGAGGCACACUGUGGAUCAGAUGGAUACACUUAUGGCAACGAAUGUGAAUAUUGUAAUGCCCAAAAUAUAAACCCCACAUUAACCCUCCUGUUUAAAGAUGAAUGUUUUGUUGAUAAGGAUUAAGGCUGAAGGAGGUAGCACCAUGGUGUGCUUUGUACUAAUCAUACAUUGAUUGGAGAGCAUGGAUAUGUAAUAAAUUGAUACAAUUUGA